AUGACUGAAGGAAAGCUGACCUGUGAGGUUGGAGCCUUGCUGCUGGAACUGCCGAUGGGUGCCGCCUCGCCGCGCUUGCAGCGAUAUCGCUUGAGCCGUGGCCCGUUGCAUUUGAUCCCCGGCGCAGAUGCGUCCGCAAUGGCGUGUCGUGGAAGCUGCGAGGCCUUUCUCCUUCGCCGUCCAUCGCUGGAGCCAGAGCCUCUCCUGGUUGAGAAAGAGACGCGCGCCAUAGGCUUUUGCUCGGAUUCGCUGCUCACUUUGUCCAACACGGAUGGAGGCAACGAGCUGACCUUGGCCUGUGGCAAACUUGAAGAUGCGCAGGGCCAACACUCCGUCCUGCAGAGUCGUCGGCUUCGUGGGGAGGUCCUGGCGUUGGCAUUCAAGGCAAAGCCCAAGCCUUGUUUGUUAGCCUUGGUGCAGCAUCGUUGGCUGCGGCGCUUGUCGUUGAUGGCUUUGGAUGACCAGUUGCAGCUGCUCUUUACAGUCCCCAUGGAGGAAUCUCCUCCUUGGCCGCUGGGUCAACCAUCUGCGUGGCUGUGGGACUUGGGUCAAGAUGUUCUGGUGGCAUUGGGGCAUCCAGGUAAGGGCUCUCCACCCACGUCUCUCCACAAGCUGCAGCUACCAGCGGUCAGGCCAGACUGGCGUUGGCUUGUGCCAACGCCCGACGGAGAUGCAGCAAGCCGUCCUCACAGCGGCGAAGGAAAAGUGGUUGCGUCUCUGCGAUUGGACAGCCCAGUGCUGGUGGCUGCACAGGCACUUGAGGAAGCUCCAAUAGUCCUGGGCAAUGAUGAGUUGCGCUUCCUCUCCCCAGAAACCCUGAGGGUUUGUGGAAGAUAUGCGCUGCGACAACGACUUUCAGCUCUAAGUCUGACUGCUGGCAGGCCAAAGGAGUGGUCGCCCAUGGCUGCAGCAGCAGCAGGCAAGCAGAUGUUUGCUUUCCUUGGCUUUUACAAUGGACCACCACAGAUCCUGCAGCUGAAACUCACCGAGGGAGCACCAAGUUGCUCCGUGCUGCGGCUCGUGGACGGAAUGGGCGUGAUUUCCAACAUCCAGAGGUCACCAAUCUACCAUGUGACUCCCUUUGAAGUGGAUUGUCCCGGAGAGCCACCUUGUGGCUUCAUGGUCUGGGAGGAGAGCUCCGGUAGCAUCUUCGAGCUGGACUUCAGCUCGCCCCUGGAGGCACCCAGCGCGCGGCGCAGGUCCCAAGCGUCUCAGCGGCUGAACAACAGCCACUGGACCUUGGGACAGUUCUGGCCAAAGAUUGCCGGAGGGAAUGACUUUGCGUGUGCCAUGAUCUGUCAGGAGGAGUCGUUGCGGAUCUGGCAAGCUGCAGUGAAAUGA